AUGGCCAAUGCAGAAGAACUGGUAAACGAGUAUGAAUCCCGCCUCCAAAGAAUUCGAUGGGAGAUUGACAACAAAGGGAGGACAGUGGGAAUUGAUAACAAAAUACCCACAAACAUUAUGGCGAAAUAUCACGAGCCAGACACCCCUUGUCUCACAGACAUUCAAACCACAUACUCCUCUGAAUGUUCAAACCCAAGACAUUCAGAUACCCAACAAGACUCUUAUCCCUCUUCUAAAAAUUCUACACCCACAGAAAAAAUCACAGCCAUUGACGUCCCCAAGAAACCAGAAGUGCAAUACAAGUUAAAUGACUGGAUUGACACACUGAUCAAGGCAAAAGGAGGUGACUCACGUUCACGAGCACCACGGCAACAGGAGGAGAACGAGAUCAGUAAGCUUCACUUCUUACCAACACAAGAAGAGGAGAACUUGGAGGAAGAAAUCAAUCUCCAAAACCUUCAACAUAUCCACAAAAAUUGGGAUUCAGAUGGGGAAGAUGACGACAAUAUACCAUCUUUCUACUCUGAGUCCAAACAAUUGACCUCAGACGACGACGAAUGGGAGUCAGAGGACUCAUUCGGGACGAACAAGUCUUAA